AUGGCAGUCCACAUUUUUGUCGCAGAAGACUCCGAUGGUGAUUCUUGGUUGGAGGUGGUGGAAGGAUCACCUGGGCCUUCAAUGCAGAAUUCGAUAGCAUCCUUACGAGGUGCUGCAGAGGACAAGGUCGAUUCUAGACGGAGGACCACCUCCUGGGUUGAAGACGAUACUUGGGUGAGUGAUUUCGAGGACUAUGGAGAUACAAAGCGGGAUUCUAACGCUGGAAAAGACGAAAGUCCAGCUGGCGUUGAAGCGGAGUCAAUUCCACCAUCCGACUGCACUGAGCAUGAAUCACAACUUGUUACAAACCAUCCUUCUACUCCAAAUCCAGCGGUUACAGAGUUCGACCAAAAGUUUCGCCUAGAUCGCCCAGAAGUAGGCGACAUCACACGUCACUUCAACGAUGUACAAAUGCUAGCUACUGUCCAGCCCCGAAGAGGAUUAUACUACAGAUUAUGGCUCUGCUGGAUGUAUCGCAUGGAGUGGUCACAGAUUGAGCACACAGUUCAAAAUGCACCUGAUUACAUCAUUCAAGUCCUCAAUUAUUUGUUCGGCCUACGAAAUCAUCCUUUUUGGACGGCUAGUGACAAGUGUCCGUAUCAAUGGUAUGCAAUGUUCGGAGCAUGUCUUGAGAUUUGGAAAUGGUGGGAUCAACAAAAUGCGGAUGUGGAAGUCGACAGCGACAAAACGAUGCGCCGGGGCGAAUCUUCAAAGGACCCGUUAGCCACUCAUACGAGACACCGAGGAUAUGAGCUUCCACCCUCAUCUCAGGACGAACAUCAAUAUUCCACAUUUUACGGCCGGAUUAUCGGGAUAGAUAGUAUACGACCUGAUUCAUCAACCACUUUACAACUCCAUGAAUACACUUCUGUCACACCCUGGCAGGUCAGCGAUGACCUAUCAUUCGUGACUCGCACUUAUAAAGCCGUCGUUAGCCCCCAUUCAGAUCAAACUGGGCAAGGUGUCAUUCCAUUCCCGACAUGGAUUCAAUGGAUGCAUCAAGUAAAUCUCCACCAGCCUUCAUCAAAGCAAUGGGCAGGCCAUGAUAUAUGGCCUUCUAGCAGCUCUUCUGCCUUGCCUUUGACUCCAAACCCGGCUUCCCCGUCGGUCGCUUUAAAGAAUAUCGGAGGCGUUGCGUAUGCGUAUGUGGAAGAUAUUGGACUUCCUUGUAAAGCGGCUGCUUAUUAUCAAUCUGUUUCAUAUAUUUGA